AUGGCGGCGCUUGGCAAUCUUAGGGGUCGUGCGUUGUCCUUCGUGAUCGGUGUGGUCUGCGCUCUGGGCUUCACGCUCCAGGGGUACGACCAGGCUGUAGCGAACGGAUUAUUGACGCUAGACACGUUUGUCAAGACAUUUCCUGAAAUCGAUACCAUUCAUACAACCGGUGCACAGAAAGAACACAAUUCGACCAUCCAGGGCACAACUGUUGCCAUUUACGAAGUAGGAUGUGCUUUCGGGGCUCUAUCAUGUAGUUUCAUUGGAGAUAAGCUUGGCCGUCGAAAGACCAUUUUCCUAGCAGGAUGUAUCGUUAUCGUAGGUGUCAUCAUUCAAGCUACUCCUUUUGCCCUGGCACAGCUCAUUGUCGGUCGGGUUAUUACUGGUCUCGGGGUUGGUGCCUUUACCGCAACAAUACCGAUGUAUGUCUCCGAAAGUGUCAAAGCCGAGGGCAGAGGAAAAAUGGUAUUGCUUGAAGGGUUCUUUGCCAUUGGCGGUGUCGCUCUCGCAUCCUGGCUCGAAUUCGGCAUGUACUAUGUCAAAAACAACUCGGCUAACUGGCGCUUCCCAAUUGCGUUUCAGUCCUUUUUUGCACUCAUUGUUACCUCUUGCAUCCUCUUCCUGCCGGAAUCGCCUCGUUGGCUAGUCCGCCAGGAUCGAAUGGAAGAUGCAGCAAAGACCUUGGCUCGGUUGGAAGACACCGAUGGGGACUCUGAGGCCGUCGCUUUGGGCUUAGAGACCAUCCAGCAGUCCCUCCAGGACGACCAUGGCAGUGAGAGAUCACACAAUCCAUUCGCAUUCAACGACACCCGAAACUUCCAUCGGACAAUGGUUGCCAUUGGCGUCAAUGUCAUUGCUCAGAUGACUGGCAUCAACAUCAUCACAUUCUAUUCAGACACCAUCUUUGAAACCGAUCUAGGCUAUUCCGGAACUACCGCUCGCAUUAUUUCCGGCUGUCUCCAAAUCUGGCAGUUCCUCUGUGCUGGGUUGGCAGUCUUGCUUAUCGAUCGGUUUGGACGACGCCGUCUUCUGAUUUCCGCAGCCUUUGGAAUGGCCGUGUGCCAGGCCGGCCUCGCCGGCCUCUCGUCAGACUUGAGCAACAAAUCAGCCGCAUCUGCAAGCCUGCUGUUCUACUUCUUGGGUUUCUUCUGCUUCCCCAUCGGUCUCUUCCUCGUCCCAUUCAUGUACGCAGCCGAAAUUGCGCCGCUGCAAACACGUGCCAAAGUCGCUGCCAUGAGUGCUGGAGCCAACUGGCUAUUCAACUUUUUGCUUGCCGAAGUGACCCCCGUUGGCUUUGACAAUCUUGGGUACAAGUACUAUAUCAUCUAUGCAUGCAUUAGUGCCGGAGGGUGCGUGAUCUUUUACUUCUUCUGUCCAGAGACCAAGGGGCGAUCUCUCGAGGAAAUCGAUGAAAUCUUCCUGCAGUCUAAGAAUGCCUUUGACCCCGUGCGCAUCGCAAAUGAAAUGCCCUUCCACACCGAUGCUCUGGCCACUGUUGAGGAGAAAGCCACCAAGCAACAUGCCGAGAUAGUCUAA